AUGGCUCAGCCUGGUGUUCAAUCGUUAAAGUGUGUCGUGACCGGCGACGGUGCCGUUGGCAAGACAUGCCUGCUCAUUUCCUACACGACCAAUGCCUUUCCCGGCGAAUACAUCCCCACAGUCUUCGACAACUACUCGGCGAGCGUAAUGGUCGAUGGCAAGCCCAUCAGCUUGGGCCUUUGGGAUACUGCCGGACAGGAGGACUACGAUCGCCUGCGGCCGCUGUCAUACCCCCAAACCGACGUCUUCCUCAUCUGCUUCUCCAUCGUCAGCCCGCCCUCGUUUGACAACGUCAAGGCCAAGUGGUACCCCGAGAUCGACCACCACGCCCCCAACAUCCCCAUCAUCCUGGUUGGCACCAAGCUCGAUCUCCGAGAGGAUGCUGCGACGCUCGACUCUCUGCGGCAGAAGCGCAUGGAACCCGUCUCCUAUGAGCAGGCCCUGGUGUGCGCCCGCGAAAUUCGAGCAUACAAGUAUCUCGAGUGCUCCGCCCUCACUCAGCGCAACCUCAAGAGCGUCUUUGACGAGGCCAUCCGCGCGGUCCUGAGCCCCCGUCCCCAACCGUCCAAGACCAAGAAGUCCAAGUGCUCGAUUCUGUAA